UCUUUUGUUCAGUUGGAUUUCUUUAUUUUAUUGUGGAAGCACCUUAGCCGAACCGGACCGAUUCAAAAAACUGUAGAUUUGUUACAAAUAUUUUAUAUUCUAUAUUUUUAUGUCGCAAAAACGAAGGACCAACAAACUCGUAUCCUCUUCAAUCACUGUUCCUUCGUUUGCACUUCAUCGCAGACCAAGAACCGAAAGCCCUAUUGUAACUGCCAAACCUUUCACCUUUCCCCUGCCCAAGUGUUCUUCUGGGUUUUCUUGUUCAUAAAUGAGAUGGUGGAGCUGAGGAGACCCACAAAGAACCGGGGCUUCUAUGUGAGGAUGAGGCUCUUGCACAGCAAAAAUGGCAGACCCCAAGAAAAGGGCUUCUUUUACAGAUAUUACAAAUGGGUCCUCUGGUUCUCCCUAUCCCUCUAUCUCUUCAGCUCCUAUUUCAUCACCAAAGAUAACCCACACAACAAAGCUACCUCUCUAGCAAAAACCCGUGUCUCUAACUCCGCUUCACGCGCUCUCUUCGAGUCCACCAACGCCAGUCUCCUCCAACAACCCACAAGCAAUCCAGCGUUAUUGAAUAACUUGAAGAUUUUCGUCUAUGAUCUGCCACCGAAUUACAACACGGACUGGCUUUCAAACGAGCGGUGCAGCAACCAUUUGUUUGCCGCAGAGGUGGCCAUCCACCGAGCCUUGUUAAACAGCCAAGUUCGAACUUUUGAUCCUUAUGAAGCCGACUUUUUCUUCGUACCGGUCUACGUUUCCUGCAACUUCAGCACCGUCAAUGGGUUCCCAGCAAUUGGACACGCAAGGAGUCUGUUAGCCUCGGCCGUCCGGCUCAUCUCCUCCGACUACCCUUUAUGGAAUCGCACCCGGGGCUCCGACCACGUCUUCGUCGCCUCCCACGACUACGGAGCCUGUUUCCACGCCAUGGAGAACGUGGCGAUUGCGGAUGGGAUCCCUGGGUUCUUGAAGAACUCGAUCAUAUUGCAAACCUUUGGUGUCAAAUAUAAGCAUCCGUGUCAGGAUGUGGAGAACGUGCUAAUCCCCCCUUAUAUUUCGCCGGAUAGUGUACGGACGGCCCUGGAAAAACAUCCGGUGAAUGGGCAGCGAGAUAUUUUCGUAUUCUUCAGGGGUAAAAUGGAGGUCCACCCAAAGAACGUCAGCGGCCGAUUCUACAGCAAGCGCGUGCGGACGGCGAUAUGGCGUAAAUACAACGGCGACGGGAAGUUUUAUCUGAGGAGGCAUAGGUUCGCCGGUUACCAGUCAGAGAUAGCACGGUCCGUCUUCUGCUUGUGUCCUCUGGGGUGGGCCCCGUGGAGCCCGAGGCUGGUUGAGUCGGUCGUGUUGGGAUGCGUGCCGGUGAUCAUAGCCGAUGGCAUCCGGCUGCCCUUCCCUUCGGCCGUGAACUGGACGGAGAUAUCACUCACGGUGGCGGAAAAGGAUGUGGAAAAGUUGGGACCGAUUCUUGAACACGUGGCGGCGACCAAUCUAAGCACCAUCCAAAAGAACCUGUGGGACCGCAGGAACAGGCGGGCCCUAAUGUUCAACAAUCAGGUCCAACAAGGGGACGCCACGUGGCAGGUGUUACAUGCUCUGGCUCAGAAGCUGGAAAGGUCGUAUAGUAGGGGGUCGGGGGUUUCCAGCCAAUGGGAGUCGGACACGUUAGGGGGCUUUUCGGGUGACAGCUAAUGGGAGAGGCUUUUGGCAUCGGAGGACGCAAAUAAUGGAGCACAGCUGGAUUUUUCUUCGACUGCCCACAAAUCAGAAAAUGGAAUUUUUAUUUCAUAGUGGGGACCCUUUUUCAUGCAGAGAUUAGAUUUUGAAAGAAUUUUGGGCAUGUGGGGCUCCUGAUGAGAUGCCCAGCUUUGAUCGGUUGGUUGUGCGGUGGCUUGGGCGAAAUAUAAUUAUAAUUUAUGUAAAUGUGGUAGAGAAAAAUGGUUUUUUUUUUUUGGAUAGAAUAUUAUAAUUAGGCUUAAUUAGUA